CUCCUGAACCAAGCUGCAGAAUGGAAGCUCCAGGCCAAAAUGUUAAAGGAGCAAGAGACUGUCCUGCAGGCACAGAUCACUCUCUACUCUGAAAGGUUUGAAGAAUUUCAGAAAACAUUGACCAAAAGCAAUGAAGUAUUUGCCACUUUCAAACAGGAGAUGGAGAAAAUGACAAAGAAAAUGAAGAAGUUGGAAAAGGAUACUGCUACAUGGAAAUCCAGGUUUGAGAACUGUAACAGAGCAUUACUGGACAUGAUUGAAGAGAAAGCCAUGAGGUCCAAGGAAUAUGAAUGCUUCAUGCUGAAAAUCCAGAGGCUAGAGAACCUUUGCCGGGCUCUGCAGGAAGAGAGGAAUGAAUUGUACAAAAAAAUAAAGCAAGCACAGUUCCCUGAAGAGAUGAAUGGAAAUGGCAUAUUGGAAGAAGAUGAUGACGCUGAUACGAGCCCUUCCUCCUCUGAGCAGGCAAGCAUUGAGCUGUGCACUACUGACGAGAACAUGCUGAAGGAGCUGGCUGAAGCUUUCAAGGUGUCCCACAAGGCAGAGGAGUCCCUCCCAAGCAACAGCAGCAAUCCAGAGACCGGUGACACUCAAACCUGUAAUGCUGUCCUGGUGCCAGAGCUCCCCUCUUCUCUCACCCCAUGGCCAGAGGCCGGGAAUCACUGUGAGCAGCCCAGCACGAGCACACCAGCGCCCACUGAACACAUGCCAGCACCCACUGGGAGCACGCCAGUGCCCACUGAAAAUAUGACAACGCCCACUGAGAACGUGCCAAAGCCCACCAAAAGCAUGCCCGCGCUCCCAGAAAGGGUGCCACCACCCACAGAAAGUGUGCCAAUACCUCCCAAGAGCGUGCCAGUACCCACUGAGAAUACGCCAAAACCCACUGAAAGCAUGCCAGCAACCCCCGAAAACGUGCCAACACCCACACAAAACAUGCCCACUCCCCUUGGGAAUACUGUGCCAGUACCCACAAAAAGUGCACCAAAAGCUGCAGAACAUGUGGAUGACCCAGUGGAGCCAUCUGUCCACGGUCAGUCUGCAGAGCAAACAGGGGACACAGACAUGGAAGCAGUGGAUUGA